GAGCUGGGGCCCCACCUGAGGACCUGCUCCUCAGCUGGGCAGGUGCCUCCUCCUGUGCACACAGCCAGCCUCAGCGCAGUCCUCCCAAGCUGCCCCUGUGCCCUGGCCCCAGCCAUGGCUGUGCAGGUACCCCUGUGGCACCACUACCUGCAGGCCAUCCGCUCGAGGGGGGCGCCCCGGGUGCAGGACUACCAGCGUGCGGAGAACGUGCUGCUCACGCUGCUGGAGCGCGUGCAUGAGCUGGACCCUCGCUUCCUCGUGGACUACUCCCGUGAUCUGGAGGCCUUCCAGUUUGCCCUGCGCUCCUCGGAGGACCCAGUGGACAUGGAGGUGCCCCUGUGGGUGGACGCUGAGGCCCUCCUGGUUGAAGAGUGGGGGGCCGCUGAGGCAGGGGGUGGCCCCGCGUCCUGCCGCCUGGGUGUCUCCAGGGAAGGGGCCAGCCUGGAGCAGUGGAUGGCUGAGGACAUCUCUAGCGUCUCUUCGGAGGGUAGUGGCAAGUGCUGUGGCCACAUUGUACCCAGCAAGGUCCUGCUUGUCCUCAAGGACCUUCUGGUGGCGGCCAUUGUGCACUGCAAGCACCAGAGCUUCAUCACACCAGGAUCUCUGAACGUGGACAGCCUGAGGGAGGGGGAGCUCCAUCUGUCCUUGCUGGUGUCCAGUGGCUGGAGAACCAUCCGCUUCAACGUUGUGCCCGUGGUACGGAGAAAGCACAGGGUGCCCGCCCUGGAAGGGGCCCAGCUGAUGCAUGGGUUCCCUGAAGGCAGCUUGAGAAGGAUCAUCAGCCAAGAGGUGGCCCUGGUACCAGCCGGUGCCCAGCACUGGAGGGUCUCCACUGAUUACCUGCUCACCAGGCUGCUCGCUGCACUGGGCUCCUUCCCGGGCCACCGCCUGGACAGCCUCUCCAUCCUGGACCGGGUCAACCGCGAGAGCUGGCGCAAUGGCGGCCAGAGCCCCGGCCUGACCUUCCACCACCUGAAGACCGUGUUGCUGUGGGCCUCGGUGCUCUUCCCGGAGGCGGAGGACUGGGCAGAGCUGCAGGGCGCCGUGUACCGGCUGCUGGUGGUCCUGCUCUGCUGUCUGGCCACCAGGAACCUGCCGCACUUCCUCUACCCCGAGUGGAACCUGCUUAAGGACGCCGGCCUGGACCUCAACUCCCUGUACCAGCGUGUGGAGCACUUUGCCAGCCAGCCGGAGGCCUCCCUGCGCAUCCACGUCACCCACCUGGGCCGCAGCCCCCCCCCACGCAUCGGCCACGGGGUCAAGGCACUUCUGCAGCUGCCGGCUAGCAACCCGGCCUACUGGGCCACGGCCUACUUUGACGUCCUGCUGGACAAGUUCCAGGUCUUCCACAUCCAGGAUAAGGAUCGGAUCUUGGCCAUGCAGAGCAUCUUCUGGAAGACCAAGACUCUGGACAGUGAGGAAUGCUGAGCUGCCUUCCCCUGACUCUCAGUCUUGACCGCCCACGGCCUGGCUGCAAAGGCCCCACGGAGGCCAUUUGGGGAAGAGAAUGGGCUUCACCUUGAGGCAGGUGGUGGGGGGUAGAGAUGUCCACAGGGACCACCUCAGACUGUCCAGGGAUGGCCUCAUGGGAGUCUGAGUGUGCUGGGCAGCAGGCCUCCGGGAGUAGCUGCCUGAUCCCCCGAGGACCUGGGAUGAAGGUGCCUUGUGUUUCACCAGAUGUGCGUUGAUCCAUUCAGUGUGAUUUCAUCAGACUCGCAAAACCAGGCAUCUGCAUGAGACCUGGAGCUCAACAGCUUGUCCCCACCUGUGUCACAUGCUACUCUGUGGCAAUGAAAUACUAUAUAUCCGACCUUGAA